AUGACCCUUGGAACGUUCAAGUUUUCAUGUCAUUUCCCCAACCAAUGGCAUCGCAGAACAGUGUUUCCGUUGCUACACUCCUCUUCUCUUCUUCCUCUCUCCUUUUCCCUUAGCCUCAAGCACCGCACAGAACCAGAUCUACAUGUGGACAUCAAAGACAACCAGAAUGGAGACAAAAUAUCACUGCACGAUAUCGAAAUAUCCAUAGCUCCUUUUUGUUCUGUGAAAGAAACUGAAGAGGAAGCCCGAGCUUCUCUUCUUUACAGUUACAAACCUGCUCUGAAUGGCUUCUCUGCUGUGCUUACCCCAGAAGAAGCCGAGAGGCUAUCAGAAAUGGAGGGUGUGGUGUCGGUGAGGAAGAGCGAACCAGAAAAUUCAUUGCAUACAACAAGGUCAUGGAAGUUUGUGGGCUUGGAAGAGCCAUUGAAUCCUUGGAAAGAAGAAGCCAUUAACCAACAAAACUUGCUCUCUAAAGCCAAUUAUGGACAAGAUAUCAUUGUUGGGAUGAUUGAUAGCGGUGUGUGGCCAGAAUCAAAGAGCUUCAGAGAUGAAGGGAUGGGACCUCUUCCUCAAAGAUGGAAAGGGAUCUGCCAAAAUGGGACUGCCUUCCCUUCCUCUCUUUGUAAUAGGAAGAUCAUCGGAGCUCGGUACUACCUGCAAGGCUAUGAAGCAGCAUUUGGCCCUCUCGACGAGAAAGAAGACUACAGAUCAGCUCGAGACAAAGACGGCCACGGAACCCACACAGCCUCCAUCGUUGCCGGCCGCACCGUCCCAGGUGCGUCGGCCCUCGGAGGAUUCGCUAACGGCACAGCAUCCGGCGGAGCCCCGCUGGCUCGGCUAGCCAUAUACAAAGCUUGCUGGCCAAUCAAAGGGCAGUCCAAGGACCUCGGAAACGCAUGUAUGGACGUCGACAUGCUGAAAGCCAUCGAUGACGCCAUCGAAGAUGGCGUCGACGUUCUAAGCAUUUCCAUUGGGAAUUCGAAACCCGUCCCUUACAGAGACGACUCGAUUGCGAUAGCGGCGUUGAAGGCUACGAGGAAGAACAUUGUGGUGGCUUGCAGUGCAGGCAACUCUGGGCCUUCGGGUCGGACUUUGUCCAACCCGGCUCCCUGGGUCAUUACGGUUGGUGCCAGUACUCUGGAUCGGACCUUUCUUGCUCCAAUUUUGCUCCAUAAUGGUACAAGAAUUGAGGGACGAUCAAUCACUCCAAUGCAAAUGAAAAGCAGCUUCCAUAAACUGGUAUAUGCAGGAGACGUUGAACAUUCACGCGUCCCCCAACAAAACUCAGGGUAUUGCUUGGAUGGUUCGUUGGAAGCAAAAAAGGUUAAAGGGAAGAUAGUGUUGUGCAUGAGAGGGAAAGGUAGCAGACUAGCCAAAGGCUUAGAGGUGAGAAGAGCUGGGGGGGUUGGUUUAAUUCUGGGAAACUCCAAAGCACUUGGGAACGAUGUACCAAGUGAUCCUCACUUUGUUGCAGCCACUGGUGUGUCGUACCAUAAUGCUCUCAAGCUUCUGCAGUAUCUGCGUUCGUCCAAUGAUCCCAAGGCUCUUCUUCUUCCUGGAACCACUGUGUUGAACUCCAAACCUGCUCCUCUUUUGGCCUCCUUCUCUAGCAGGGGUCCUAAUGUUGUUGACCCCUUUGUUCUCAAGCCAGACAUCACAGCACCAGGAGUAGACAUAUUGGCAGCAUGGACAGAAGCAGAUGGACCAACAAGAAUGUCAUAUAUAGACUACAGAGUGGUGAAGUACAACAUAUUUUCAGGUACUUCCAUGUCUUGCCCUCACAUUAGUGCUGCUGCUGCUCUUCUCAAAGCUAUGCAUCCAACUUGGACCUCUGCUGCUAUCAGAUCUGCUCUCAUCACCACAGCUAGCACAACAGACAACAUGGGAGAGCCAAUGAAAGAUGAAACAGGAAAACCUGCAACUCCAUUCGCAUAUGGUUCUGGCCACUUCCAACCCCUAAAAGCAUCAGACCCAGGGCUCAUAUAUGAUUCUUCCUACACAGACUACAUUCUUCACGCAUGUAGCCUUGGACAAAUCAAAGAAUUAAAUCUCAAAUAUCACUGUCCAAAACCAUUACCUGAUCCUAACAACCUCAACUAUCCAUCCAUUCAAAUUCACAGACUCAGAGGUACCAAGAAGACAGUGUUGAGAACAGUCACAAACGUUGGCAGCCCCAUGAGUGUCUACAAGUUCAGUGCUAAGUCACCAAAGGAAUACACCAUCUUAGCCUCUCCAAAUGCUCUGGAAUUUGAAAAUGUUGGCCAGAAAAAGAACUUCACCAUCACAGUGAUGGCAAAAAGAGGUCAAACACCUGCAGAGAUUGAGUCAGAUGAAGAUCAGUACUAUUUUGGGUGGUAUGCUUGGACUUACAAGCAUCACGUUGUUAGAAGUACAGUUGCUGUAUCUUUUCGAUAAUGUUUCUGAUAUUAUUAUGGCUGUUUCUUGGU